AUGGUUCUCCAGGAACUGGUUCUCUACCGUCGACGUUCCCAAAGAUCGCCGGUGCCGAGAAUGGCACCACAGUCACCGCAACUGCAGGUUGACGAAAGACCGAUUUAUCCAACAUCUGGAACUUCAGCUGGCAGUGAACCUUCACAGCCGAUGGUGUUAGAGGAGCAACUCGACGAAGACAUACUGGUUUUGCUUGGUAAUGCACCUAAGACCAAGACCCUAAUGGGUCCAGCAAUCCAUAAGAAAAUAGCCAAUCGGUGGCAAUACAUACUUGCUAAAGGGUUGGCAAAAGACGUGGAAGAAAGUAUUUUGAAGACUUAUCUUAUACCCUCCAACUGCGAUUGCACUAGCUCUAAAGUCGGGGGUUAA